AUGGAGAAUAAAAAUGCUAUAUGGUUGCUAAUGGGCGAUUUCAAUGAAGUCAGAGAGAAAUGUGACAGAUUAUCUAAAAUUGUUUGUGCUUCCAGUAUGGAAGCUUUCAAUUCUUUCAUUCAUGAGGCUGAUUUAGAAGACUUUGCUAUGUGGGGCAGAAAGUUUACGUGGAUGAGCCAAGAUGGUAAAAGUCUUAGUAAGAUCGAUCGCUUCCUUGUGUGUCAUGGUUUCCUUGCACAUUGGAAUAUGGCUUCGGUGACAGCAUUACCGAGACUCCACUCGGAUCACAGUCCUCUUAUUUUAGUAAGUGAUUUCUAUGACUUUGGGCCGAUUCCUUUUAAAAUUUUCAACUCCUGGCCGCAACUUGAUGGUCUUCAUAAGAUUGUUUUGGAUUCUUGGGCUAAACCAAUUAAAGGUGGUGAUAAUGAUAAACUCUUGUUGAGAAAAUUCCAACCGCUAAAAAAUGAUAUCAGGUGCUGGAGAUAUUCCUUGCGUAAUAAAGAAAAUGAGGAAUAUGGUGAACUGGUGAAAAAAAUUGAUCUUCUGGAACUUCAAGCUGAGCAAAGAGGAUUGUCUUCACCUGAAAGGGCUUCCUGGAAAAAAUGGAAAAGCAGAAUUAUUGAAAUUGACUCAAUUAGAAGGUUGGAUUUGAACCAGAAAGCGAGGGAGUCAAAGAGGCGGUGUGGAGUUGUGGAAAUGAUAAAGCGCCGGGACCGGACGGUUUCACCUUCAAAUUUAUAA